CUUGAUGACUUAAACAGAUGGAGUCUACUUCUCAUUUCUCCUUUUAUUUGUCCUGAUAAGUUACUUGAAGCAGAGCAUAUAGCUUUUGUGACAGAAAGCAUUUCAGCUCAGACAGAUAACUUGCAGAAAGUAUCUGGCUCUUCAAAAGAUAUUGUGAAGUGGUCAGACUAUUGUUCACCAUUGGCCUAUAAACCUGGUGAACCUUAUAAAUUAAUUGCUGAAGCAAGUGUGGAUAAUUUCAGUAACCUUGGAAUAGCAUUCAUGGAAGAUAGGCUUCAAAUGGAUAAUGGAAUGGUGCCCCACAAGAUUGUUUCUGUCCAUUUACAGGAAUCUACUCUGAAGGAGUUGGCACAGGUGGCACCGUCUGUGAAAGAGCAAAUUGCAAGCAGUACACAAAUGGAUGAAGUAACUCCUGCUGCUGCUUUUGGGACUACUGUUAAAUCAGGGUUAGAGAUAGCUGAGUCUGCAGGACAAGGUGAAGAGGAGAAAUCCAAGCUAGAGAAAGAAAGUGAGCAUGAAGAUGAAUCCAACAGUCUAUCUGACAAAGAGACAGGUGCUGGAGAAGAUCAUCGCUUACAUCUUUCCAGCUGUCAUGAAUGCCUGCAACUUGAAAACAGUACUAUUGAAUCAGUUAGAUUUGCCUCUGCAGAAAACAUUCCAGAACUUUCUGAUGACUGCAGUAGCAAACUGGAAGAGAAGAAUUAUGACUGUCUAGCAAAAGGAAUAAAGAGAGUAAACCUUGCUGGAAAGCCCCCUAAUAUAUUGAUUUAUCUUGGCUCUGAAGCUGCAAAAGUGGAAUUUGAGCAGGUAAAAUCAAUCCUUCAGGAAUGCAUUGAUACAGACAGCUACACUGUCUACCAGCUGCAUGAGGAACAAGUUCUGAAAGAUCCGUGGGUUGAUAAUUCACUGCUGUUGAUCAUUGCCACAGAGGAGCCUAUUUCUGAAGAGAAUCAUAAACAAUUUAUGAAGUUUUUAUCUAAAGGUGGAAAGAUUCUAGGGUUUUCUUCAGCUUUUACAUUUGAUGGCAUACAAAUGAAGAGAAAAAGCAAACUGAAGAAGACUGUUCAUGAAUUAGUGGUCUCUAAAAUGGACAGCACCGAAAUUAAGUUAAAUCUUUUGGUCAGUGGCUAUAUUUUUGAGGAAGUGAUGAAGGAAGAUACGAGCAAAGUGAAGAUAUUGAGUCGAUUAAAUAAUGCUGAUAAAGAUACAGUUAUUGUUCAUUUGACUUAUGGAGACAGUGGAGGAGAAGCCAUUCUUUCUCAGGCACACUUGGAACUGGAUAUCAAUUCUAUGGAUGUCCAAACUGAAGAGGAUUUUAAUUUGCUUAAGAUAAGCAAUACCAAGAGAUACGAAGUCCUCAAGGACAUCCUGAUAUCACUUGGCCUGAGUUGUGAAUUAAGUGAGAUUCCUGUGUUAACACCGAUUUACCUUCUCUCUUCUGAUGAGGAAAUUCAUCUUUCUUUUCUGAAAUGGCUUGAGGGAAAUGUAGAUGCUGAAGGAUUAAGAGCAUCCAGCAAGGUGUCUCUUAAAUUUGUUUCAUCCUCUGAAUCAAAAAUGGAGAUAACUCCAUCUCUCAUGCCAGUCAUCACUGAGAUGGGAAGCUUCUCAUCAGAACAUUUCAGCCUGAAGACAUAUCAACAGAAUCUUCAAUCAAAGAAGCUUGGAAAGAUUCUUCUUUUUGCUGAAGUUACCACAACAACAAUGAAUCUUCUAGAUGGGUUAAUGUUCGAGUUGCCUGAGGAGAUGGGUUUAAUAGCAAUUGCUGUUCGACAAACGCAAGGGAAAGGUCGUGGUGGAAAUGUUUGGCUCAGUCCCGUUGGCUGUGCACUAUCCACUUUACAUAUUGCCAUUCCUCUACAUUCCAACCUAGGCCAGAGAAUUCCUUUUAUUCAACACCUGGUGUCCUUGGCAGUGGUAGAGUCAGUUAGAUCAAUACCGGGAUAUGAGGAUAUUGAUCUGCGAGUAAAAUGGCCAAAUGAUAUUUACUACAGUGAUCUUAUGAAGCUUGGUGGAGUUCUGGUAACCUCUACACUUAUUGAAACAACGUUUCAUAUACUUAUUGGCUUUGGAUUUAAUGUGAAUAACAGCAACCCCACCAUAUGCAUCAAUGAUCUCAUCACAAAAUUUAAUAAGAAAGAGGGGACAAAGCUGAAGCCCUUAACUGCAGACUGUCUUAUUGCAAGAACUGUGACUGUGCUAGAGAGGCUUAUAGAUAUUUUUCAGGAGAAAGGGCCCAAUGGAGUUCUUCCCCGUUACUACAAGUACUGGAUACACAGCGGUAAGCAAGUCCGUCUCCACAGUGAGGAGGGCCCAAUCGCAUGGAUAGUUGGGAUAGAUGAUUAUGGAUUCCUUCAAGUUCAUGAAGAAGGCAAGGGUGUAGAGUCUGUGCACCCAGACGGCAACUCUUUUGACAUGCUGAGAAACCUCAUAGUCCCAAAGCAUUAAUAGUCCUCAGAGCUCAAAGUGCAAAGGGAGACUCUUUAGUGUUUGGCACCAAACAGCUAAACUUGCUUAAAGGUGGGAAGGGUAGUUGAUAGCUUGAUUUUUUUUUUUUUCCUUCUGAUUUUCUGAUAUAUUUGUACUUUGAUGUGGAUAACUUCAAGGUUGCUGAAGGCCUUUAUUCUUUUAAUGUUCAUAUUAACAUUAAAACACAUUAUGUUGCCAUUCUUUGUAAGCAUCUGUUCUUUAGAAGAGGCCCGAUUGCGAAGGAAUACUUGGCAGUGAACAGAACUUUCUCUUCAUUUACACUGUAUUUGAGAAACUGAAGUGGCUAAAUAUUUCCUUUUUGUGUCUCUGUGUUUUUACACAGAAUCACAGUAUCAUCUAGGUUGGAAAAGACCUUGAAGAUCAUCUAGUCCAACCAUGAACCUAACGGUUUUAUUGUACUUUAGCACAGUGCAGUACAAUAUUUACAUUUUUACUAUGUUUUUUUAAACUAAAUUCUGGUUAAUGCAUUGUCUGCAGUGGAAACAGCUGGAAGAGCUCAUCAUAUAUUUCUGAAUUACUGGGAUUACCGCUGUGUUUAAAUUUGGGUCUAAGUGUAGAGCCUUGCUGAUUUAAUUCUCCUCCAUGUGGCCCUGUACAACUGUGCUUUGGUCUCAGGUCUGCAACUCUCUCAUGGCUGCCUUGAGUUUUAGGAGAGUUUUCCAUCAGCACUUAAGAACUGUGGUUGGUCAUCCAAAUUAUUUGUAGUCUACUCUUCUUAGUCAAUUGAAUCUGAGUAAAUCAUCUCGUAUUUCCUUUGAGUCGUGGUCUUCCAAGAGGCUCUAGCCCCCGUAAGAAUAGCCCACUGGAGUAGCGUAUCACCUCGUUGCAGUCUUCUUAUCCAAGUUAUUGGAGAAUCCCAUGUCAGGAGAGGAAAGUCCUAAGUAGUUUAGAAUUUAACAGUAAUUCUGUUGUAAUAGCAAUGAAGUUAAGCAAUGAAUUAGAGGAAAUGCCCAGCUCUUAAAAUUCCUGCCAUAAACAACUACUACAGUGAAAAAGACAAAGCAUGCAGUUAGCCUGUGUCCAAAUUCUCCUCCAUUGUUUCUGUUGUCACUCCCUUUCUCAAAGCGGGGCAUCUGGUUUGCCACUAAUCAUUAAAAGUAAGAGGUUUAACAUAUACUGACCUGAAAGUAGCCGCUUUGGGGGCUGGUGGCACAGUGCCAGGUUAGGUGUAACAGCUUGGUCAUGAUUGGAAAGCAUCAUGGAAGAGGCACGUGGGAACUUCCGUGCGAUGGCAGCUUGUCGGGUUUUUCUCCCGGGCAAGGCGAAUUUGCACCACGAGGCUGGGCCACCACAGCACUUCAAACAGUUCUCUGCAGAUGAAAAGUCUGUCAUAGGUGCGAUGUGGCCAGCUUCAUUUCCUCAAGUAGGCAGCACUGCUUAUUACAUUACCUCGUCCCUACUGAAGGUGGAUAAGGCAAAUUGGUUUCCACAAAGGACUUCUGUCUACUAGCCAGAAAUGGGGUUUUUAGGUUAAAGUUCACCUCAUAAACAAUCCGAACAUGUUAGUAGAUUGUUUCAGUUACAAAGCCAAGAACUCUUAAAACAAGGAAACUAGUCUGUAAUGGUAAUUUAGAGUAAUCCUCACAUAUUAGGGUUUAGGUGGUUUGGCACCAAGUGCUAGAAAUUAAGUUGUCCCUAUUACAUUUAGGAUUUUAUGCUCCAUAUCACAGUAGAUUUGUCUGUGUGCCUGGUUGUCCGUAUCCUGCUGUUUUCUUUUCCCCCCAUGAGUCGCAUCAUAUGAAACUGCACAUCAGUAUUUCAUAGAACUGUGUAGUGGAGUGAGGACAGCUGUUAAUUGGCUUAGUUAAGGUGAUACACAUCAACACCAGGUUUUGCUUUUUCCCACCAGAUGCUUUCAAAACUACUUUGGGCUCUUAAUUUUUGGCAACUACCUUUAUUGCAGAAUCAAAUGUUGAUGGAUAUUAUAAUCAAAUGAAACCUGAGUCUCAGUUAACAAAGUUUAAAUAAAAAGAAGAAACCAUUUAUAUAUGCAUGUAUAAACAAAAGUGUGUGUGUGUGCAUAUGCACAUUCACAUCUUCCUUGUGCAUCUUCACUUCUUUUCUACCUUCUUCAAGCAGCUUACGAGCAACAUGUGCUGCUGCAGGUCAGCUGUGGAAAGCGUAGCUCUGGUACUGUUUUUCCAACCACAGAGUUUUACAAAACUUGAGAUCUGUACAUCAAGCUGAUAAUUGUAGCUAAAACACAGUCUCUGCAGGGUGUGCCUAUAGGAAGCACCUCUUAUUUAGCUCAUAUUGCGGUUAGACUGAUGAGUGCCUGUAGAUUUCUUUUAAUGACCAGGUCAUGCAUCAGGUUUUGACUUGAAUUACUUCCUUAAAACAUGCUCUCCCUUCGCUAGGGCCAAGUACUGUAAAGGACUGAUAACGCAUGUUCCUGCGUGCAGGGCAGACUGGACCUGCAGACCUUCACUCAGCUACGCAACCACAGUGUCUGGGCAGCAGGCAGAUGGAAUUUUUAAUAGUAAAAUGCUACAACAUUUCCUGGCUGCUAUUGUUCCUUUUGGAUUUCUUCAUUGCCUUCUUAAUGAAAAGCUUGUUCUGUUCUGACUUUGAGUUGUAAGAUUAUCCUAAAAAUUUUUGCAUUGGAAAGAAACUUAGUGUUGAACUUCCUUCCUGCAGAUGAGAACUAACCACGUGUGGGGGUGCCGGAGCGUAGGUGGGGGCCGUGGGAAUGUACCGCUUUGCCUCUACUUUUUAGGGGCCUAUUCUGUGUGUAUAAAACUACCUGUUGUCUUGAGGAAACAGCCUUGAGUUGGGUGAAGUGUUUUGUUACAAACCCAACUUUUCCUUCAGAAGAACCAAAGAACAGCACAAAGAAAAUUGUGGUUGUAUAGUGAGCAGCUGCGUAAGGUCCUUCUGACUUGCAGCUGGUCCUGCCAAGGCAGCCAGUGACCCUUCCUGUACCACACUCACCUGAGGGCAGGCAGGGGACACAGCCAGUAGUCUUAACUCUUUUUAUGCCAAACUUGGCACACCCAGAAAGCCACAACAGUUUCGUAGGAAAAUCAUUGUUAUUGUUCUUGGUGUAGGAGACAAGCGUGGUGUAGAGUGUCUCUGGACAUAGGUACGGAGAGAAUCAGACAAUUCCAGAUCCAGAAGUAAUGCACUGAAAAUGUUUCAUUUCAUUCAACUGUCCCGAUUAGUAAAACACCUCUUUCACUGUGAGUCAUAUCUUAAAGUAUUUUCUUGAUGAAGUGCUUUCAAAAAACAUUUAUUAUGGUGUCCGUAUUUCUGUGACUUCAUUUUUUUCCUCCUGGACUCUGCUAUAACAUUUCUCAUUACACAUUGUGAAAAUAUUUGUGAAGAUUGUUUAUUGAUAGGAAAAAUUCUGCCGAGCGGGCCGGGUGUGCUGGCACGUGUCUGUGUUCAGAAGGAGUAGGCGGGUUGUGUCCAGUCAGCACCAAUGCUGUUUCCAAAGAUUUGAAAAGUAAUAACGUACUUAACGUUUAAGAGUGCAAGCAGUACAUCUUACUUCUAGUAAAAGGUUUUAUAAGACUUCGGAACAUUUUUUUUUAAAUAUAUCCAACAAAAAUAAUCUUCUUCAAGGGCUAUUAUCUAGAAAUAAUAUUUAAGCAUUUAAUCCUUUGUGCUGCUGCUUUGUCGUACAACAUUUUUUUUAUUUCUUUGCUGCAAGACAUCAGCAGUCUAAAAAUUCACUCUCUGCAACUACAUUGGAAUAUAGAGUAGAUAUAUUU